AGUCAGUGCGAGCGAUGAUGGUGAUGAGGUUGAAGGGGUUAAUGGUUAUGAUGAGCUGUCAAAAGUACGGAUCGAAUGUGAUAGAGAAAUGCCUGACAUUUGGUAGCAUCCAUGACCGUCUCGUCAUCGCAGCUGACAUCGCCGGUGCCGGCGAGGACCAAAUCCUGAUGAUGAUGAUGGACGAGCAUGGAAAUUACGUGAUACAAAAGAUGUUGGAGACGAUAGCGGAUGAGUGGGUGGUGGACUUGAUAGUCACAGUUGUCAACCGCAACUUCUUCAGGCUCAUCCACAACAUCCAUGGCAGGCACGUCCUCGCCCGCCUCCAAAUCAUGCUCGCCGCUCGCGAGAGGAGGCGGCUGCUGGCUCUUCUCACCCCGCCGCUCUACUACAUGGGUUAAUUUUAGUUGACAAAGAGAGUAUAAGCUAGUUGUUGGGUGAAUUAAUGUUGCUUUCCUUCGUUGUACCAUACAUGCUUGUUGUAACUACAUUUCAUCAGUCCGGUGGUGUUGUACAAUACAAUCAGUUCAUUAGAACUGUAGCGAACAAGCCUUUUAAUUUUAAGCAAAUUUUGCUAC